CGGAACCACGGCGGCAGCCCCCACAGCCCGCUGAUGACCUACGAAGCGAUGAGCCUGGAUGUGCAGCACCUCCUGACCCGCCUGGGCAUUCCCAAGUGCAUCCUCGUGGGACACAGCAUGGGGGGCAAGACGGCCAUGACGCUGGCCUUGCGCCAGCCAGACCUGGUGGAGCGCCUUAUCUCCGUAGACAUUAGUCCCGUCUCCACUGCGCCUGUCUCUGAAUUCUCUGCCUACAUCGCUGCCAUGAAGUCGGUGAAGAUCCCGGACGGGCUGUCGCGCUCUGCGGCCCGCCAGCUGGCAGACGAUCAGCUGCGCCCGGUGGUCCAGCUCCCGCAGCUGAGACAGUUCCUCCUCACCAACCUGGUGGAGGUGGAGGGCCGCUACACCUGGCGGGUGAACCUGGAGGCUAUUUCCCACCACUUGGCAGAUAUCAUGAACUUCCCCGUCUUCCACAAGCCAUAUCCUGGCCCUGCACUCUUCUUGGGAGGAUCCAAGUCACCUUAUAUCAGCCCCAAAGACUACCCGGAGAUCCAACGCCUCUUCCCCAAGGCGGAUGUCCAGUUCAUCGAAGGUGCAGGCCACAUAGUCCAUCAGGAUAAAUUUGAAGAAUUCGUCACUGCUGUCCUCAAUUUCCUGCCACCACCAUAG